AUGUCGAGCCAGAAGGCCGCAGGCGGCACCCAGUCGACCCUGUUCAGCUUCUUCGGCAAGCCCGCGUCGUCCAGCGGCGCCACGCCGGCCUCGUCCUCCCCCGCCGCGUCGCGCCAGACCCCGGCCUCGCGCCCGCUCAAGACGCCCACGAGCCAGCGCGCGAGCACGAGUGCCGGCAGCAGCACGAGCAAGGCGACCACCGCGAGCGGCAGCAAGGGCAAGGAGACGCCGGCGACGAGCGAGGGCGACAUCCUCACCCUCGACGACUCGGACGGUGCCGAGGACCAGCACGACAAGGUCAAGGUGCCGUCGAAGCGCGCCGCCCCCACCAGCGCGCCCAAGGCGCAGGUCAAGGCCGAGGACGACGAGCCGGUCGCGGCGCAGGCCGACAGCGACGAGGACGAGGAGCAGGUGGCGCGCAGGAAGCGCCCGUCGCUCGGGCGAGGCGUCAAGGCGAGGGGCAGCAUGGUCGUCGACUCGGAGGAGGACAGCGACGCUGCUUCAUCGACGCCGCCCAAGCCCAAGGUCGCCGUCAAGGGCAAGGCGACGGGCAAGAAGGUCGGCGCCAAGGUCAAGGGCAAGAGCAAGGGCAAGGACGACGACGACUUCUCGGGCGCAAGCUCGGGUAGCGACGACGACAGUGCCGCCUUCUCCGACGCGAGCUCGUCCGCCGCCUCGUCCGCCGCCUCGGUCGCGUCGUCCUCCUCCUCGAUCGGUCGUGCUCCCGUCAAGAAGGCCAAGCCGGCGCCGGUCAAGGCCAAGCCGGCGGCGAAGCAGGCGUCGUUCGGCGGGUUCGGCGGUGCGGAUCGGCCGGCGUUCAAGUCGACGGGUAGCGGCAGCGGGAGCAUCAAGACGAGCGCAGAGCUCGCGAGGGAGAAGGCCAAGAAGGACAAGCAGACCAACGAGGAGACGUUCAGCUUCCUCAUCGACCCCAAGGACGCCGACGGCAUCCGCCCUGGCGAGCCGGGCUACGACCCUCGCACGCUCUUCAUCCCCAAGUCGGCCUGGACCACCUUCACGCCGUUCGAGCGCCAGUUCUGGGAGAUCAAGCAGAACCACUACGACACGGUCCUGUUCUUCCAGAAGGGCAAGUUCUUCGAGCUGUACGAGGAGGACGCUGCUAUCGGGCACCGCGAGUUCGACUUAAAGCUCACCGACCGAGUCAAGAUGAAGAUGGUCGGCGUCCCCGAGUCGAGCUUCGACAUGUGGGCGAGCAAGUUCCUGUCGCAGGGGUACAAGGUCGGCCGCGUCGACCAGUGCGAGACGGCGCUCGGCGCCGAGAUCCGCAACAAGGACGACAAGAAGGCGGGCGGCAAGGCCAAGCCCAAGGGCGCCGGCAAGCAGGCCAACGGCAAGGAGAUUGUCCGCCGCGAGCUCAAGAGCGUCCUCACCGGCGGCACCAUCGUCGACGGCACGAUGCUCACCGACGACAUGUCGAACCACUGCGUCGCCAUCAAGGAGGACACCCCGUCGCCGACUUCGCCGCCGUCGUUCGGCAUCUGCGUCCUCGACGCCUCGACCGCCGAGUUCUCGCUCUCGUCCUUCACCGACGACGCGUGCCGCACCCAGCUCGAGACGCUCGUUCGCCAGCUCAAGCCCAAGGAGCUCAUCCACCAGAAGGGCAACCUGUCGGUCUCGACGAUGCGCCUCCUGCGCAACUGCCUCGGCCUCGAGUGCCAGUGGACGGCGCUCAAGGAGGGCAAGGAGUUCCUCGCCGCCGAGGACGCGCGCGACGAGGUCGUCAAGCUGUUCCAGCAGGGCCUGAGCGGCGGCGAGAAGGCCAUGGAGGUCGAGGGCGAGGACGAGGACGCGGUCGUUCCCGAGAACGUUCGCGCCAUGUACGACAAGCCUGUCGCGAUGAGUGCGCUCGGCGGCAUGGUCUGGUACCUGCGCCAGCUCAACCUCGACCUCGACCUCGUCACCACCCGCAACUUCAACAUCUACGACCCCCUGUCCAAGAGCGACGGCACGCUGCACCUCGACGGCCAGACGCUCGCCCACAUCGAGGUCCUCCAGAACUCGCAGGGCACGACCGAGGGCACGCUCAUCCAGUUGCUCAGUCGCUGUGUCACGCCGUUCGGCAAGCGCCUGUUCAAGGUCUGGCUGUGUGCGCCGCUGCGCGGCGUGGCGGCCAUCAACGACCGCCUCGACGCCGUCGAGGACCUCCUCGGGAACGCCACGUUCGCCACUUCCUUCGACGUCAUGGGCAAGAAGCUGCCCGACCUCGAGCGCAUGCUGAGCCGCAUCCACGGCAAGACGUGCCGCAAGGCCGACUUCCUCAAGGUCAUUGAGUCGUUCGAGAACGUCGACGCCAAGCUCAAGACGCUCGCCGACCUCGCCGAGGACUUCAAGUCGAGCGGCAUCCGCAGCCUGCUCAGCUCGGCGCCGGACGUCGCAGACCUGCUCGAGGAGAUCAAGGAGCUGUACGACGGAGAAGAGCUGCUGCCCGUCCCGGGCAAGGACGACGAGUUCGACCGCGUGGCGCAGAACGUCGAGGACAUCGAGGACUCGCUCGAGGAGGCGCUCGCCGUCGCCCGCAGCUCGCUCAAGUGCCAGCAGGUCGUCUUCAAGGACAUCGGGACCAAGGACAUCUACCAGCUCGAGGUGCCCGUCGGCGUCAAGGUGCCGAACAACUGGGCCAAGAUCUCGGGCACUCAAAAGCUCAACCGCUACUACACGCCCGACACGACGCGCCUCAUCUCGGACCUCAAGGAGGCGCGCGAGCGCAAGCAGAUGGUCGUCAACGACUUCCAGUUCAAGCUCUACGGCGAGUUCGACAAGCACUACUCGACGUGGAUGGCCGUCGUGCGCGUCGUGUCGCAGCUUGACUGCCUCCUGAGCCUGUCGAAGAGCUCGGCCGCGCUCGGCGAGCCGUGCGUCCGUCCCGAGAUCGUCGAGAGCGACAAGGCCAUCGUCGAGUUCGAGGAACUGCGUCACCCUUGCGUCCUCAACACGUCGAGCGACUUCAUCCCGAACGAUGUCGCCCUCGGCGGCGACGACGCCAAGAACCUCAUGCUCCUCACCGGCCCCAACAUGGCCGGCAAGAGCACCCUCUUGCGCAUGACGUGCACGGCAGUCAUCAUGGCGCAGCUUGGCUGCUUCGUCCCGGCCGCCAAGGCCCGCAUCGCCCCGAUCGACGCCAUCUACUCGCGCAUGGGCGCCAACGACUUCAUCUUUGCCAACGCGUCGACCUUCAAGGUCGAGAUGGAUGACUGCAACAAGAUCCUCACCAAGGCCACGCCUCGCUCACUCGUCAUCCUCGACGAGCUCGGCCGCGGUACGUCGACGUACGACGGCAUGGCCAUCGCGUACGCCGUCCUGCACCGCCUCGCCACGCACACGGGCUGCAUCGGCUUCUUUGCGACCCACUUUACGCUCUUGACCGAGGACUACUCGUACCACCCCGAGAUCCGCCUCGCCAACAUGCAGACGAGCUUCGAGAACACCGACGACGGCCGCGACGUCGUCUUCCUCUACAAGCUCAUCGAGGGCUCGGCGCCAAAGUCGUACGGCCCGCACGUCGCCGCCAUGGCCGGUCUCCCGAGCGAGCUCGUCGACCGCGCGAUCGGCAUCUCCAAGACGUUCGAGGAGACGUCGCGAGCGCGCGAGCUCAAGAUGCGCGCCAACGAGGCGCUCCCGCUCACGCAGCAGGCCGACGCCGCCUUCCUCCUCAAGCUCGUGCGACUGUCGACUGCGGGCGUCUUGCAGGACGGCCGCGCCAAGCAGGCGCAGCUCCUUCGCACGCUCGAGACGGUGCGCAGAGGCGUCGAGGCCGUCAAGGUCAACAAGACGGUCACCGCGUCCGCCUAGCCACCUUCUCCUUCCUUUCCCUUCCUCGUCCUCUGUCUCUCUCUAUUUCUCUCCUUCGCCUGGCGCGCUUGUCUCGUCGGAACCGCCUGUGCCCGCUUGUACCGUUUCUCGCUCCCCCCCUCGUCGCACCUUUUUGCCGUCAUCAUACCCCUCGCCCGCUUUCCUUUUGUCCUGCAACGAUCAAGUGUGUCGCUCUCGCCC